AUGGCUCCUGGAUUAGUUCGUAAUCCAAAACCAAGAAUCAUACCAAAUAAUUCUCGGCAGAUUCUCAUGGAACACAUAACAGGAGGUUUAACAAGGAAUAAAACCCGACAAUCCGAGAAAACCGAAAUGGCAUCAGACAAAGUGAACAAGGGAUUGCCAAUAACAGAUGGUUCGUCUAUAGGAAGCAAAACUGCGAAUCCGACGUUCGAGGGAAACAUGCCAACUAAUCAGCCUCCUCAAACUCAUCAAAAGGAGAACACUCUUAUGCCAGAAGUUCAGACUCCUCAAACUCAAACUCAGCACAAGGAGAGCACUCUUUUGCAAGAAGUUCAAACUCAGCAACAAGAAGAGAGGACUCGGCAAAAUCAAAGUCAGCAAAAUGGAAGCACACUUCAUUCUCCAUUACAAGAGGGAAGUCAACAUACUCAAUCACCUCAGGCAGAUAUCAUUGGAGUAGGUGGCCAAGUUGGUCGUUGA